AUGGCCGAUAUUAGCCGCCUCAGUAGCCUCUUCCGACCAUUCUGGUUCAUCUGGCUUUCCAUCCAAUCGCACUAUGGCGCUUUCAAAGAUGCCCUUCGCAAAGAUGGCCUCGCCUCACUUGCACAUCCCCAGCGAAUUCGAGACGCCGCCACGGCCAAUUUCUUCAUCUCACAUUCCGCCGGUUUCAUCGCCUAUGAAAACACCACUGUCGUCCCUUCCCUUUUCCACUCCGCUCAAGGCAAAAUUCUAGAACUCGGCCCCGGACCAGGCAACCAACUUCAACGCUUCGAUCCAUCCCUCGUAGAGUUCAUAUACGCCGUUGACCCCAACUCCAACUAUGUGGAUAACAUUGCCGCAAAGGUCAAGAAGCUUGAUCUCCAGGAUAAGUACAAGCUUUUAGCGUGCGGUGUUGAAGAUAGCGAGAUUUUGAGAAGGGAGGGGAUUACAGAGGGGAGUAUGGAUACUGUGCUGAGUAUUCAGGUAUUGUGUUCGGUGGGGGAUGUGAAGACUGUGAUGAGAGAGGUGUGGAAAUUGUUAAAGCCAGGGGGCAGCUUUGUGUUCUGGGAGCAUGAGAAAAACAAGGAUACUGUUGCGGCUUUGGCGCAAGGUUUUUGGAAUCCUGCUUGGAGCGCACUCGUAGGGUGUUGUUUGAAUCGGAAUAUCAAGGCCGAAAUCCUUGCUGCUGGAGAGUGGGAGAACCCUGGUGAUAUACAGGUGGCCGAUGAGCCGAAUAGUUGCUUGCCUAGGAUCUGGGGCGUGCUUAAGAAGAAGGCUUGA